AACUGUAACUGUUUUUGUUGUGUAAUGUUUAUAAACUUUGUUAUGGUCGGUUUGAGGUGAAAGUCAGUUCACUUAAAUUAACUAAAAUGACGUUCAAGCUUGAAACUGAAGAAGAAUUAAAGGAAUAUAUUGACAAACUUGGUAUAGAAUAUAAAUUCUCUUGUUUCAAAGAGAAAGACCCUGAAGCAUGCCACUUAUUGGGCGACUAUCAAGAAGCUGUAAAGAAAGACUUUGAAGGUGCUGCCAAAAUCUUUAAAUCAAACUGUGAUGAGCGUCAACAUAAGAAAAGUUGUUACAAAUUUGCAACUUUUAGUUAUCUUGGAAAAGGUUGUGAAGCCAACAAUCACGUUUCCUAUGAUUAUUACAAAAAAUCAUGUGACUUAGGAUAUAGUAAUGGUUGUUUAAAUACUGGUGUAAUGCUGUCUAGUCCUGAGAAAGAUCCGCAAACUGGUGAACCUUUUAUAAAAACUGAUUAUGUGACUGCUUUGACGUAUUUGGAAAAAGCUUGCACAGCGAAAGUUGCAACAGCUUGUUUCCUUGCGAGUGGUCUGUACAUUAAAGGGGCUGAAGGAGUACCUCAGGACAAAGUUAAAGCUUCCCAAUUAGCUAAAGAUGCAUGUGAUGGUGGAAACAUAUAUGCUUGUAUGAAUGUAAGCCAAAUGUAUAAAAGAGGCGAUGGAGUUGCAAAAGAUGAAACCCUAUCUACCCAGUACAAAGAAAAGGCUAAAGAAUUAAGAGAUGAUGCUAAGAAAAAGCAAUCUUUAGGACUUCAACAGUAUACUUAAAAAAUUAAAAGGUAGAUUAAUCAAUUUAAAUGUUAAUGUUUUAGUCAUUGGAAGUAUAUGUAAAUAGGUUUUAAAUAAAAGAAAUUGUUAAUUUCA